GGGCUUAGAUUUGGAAUUGGGCUUUCUCAUCAUUCAUUCAUUCAUUCAUUCAUUCUCUGUCUGUCUGUUUGAUGAAUUUCAUGGUUUCUGAAUUUGCAAUGGACAAAGGCAACAUAAUUGAGGAAGAAGAUGGAGAUGGAGAAAUCCAAUCAUUUUUCAAUUCAGCUCCUCCUUUAAGGAACAAUGGUAAUGAUAUCAAUGCAAAGCUAGAGUGUUUCAAUGAGAUGAACAUAAAUGGAGGAAGAAGAAGAAGAAGAAGAAGGAUUGUGUGUGUUACAUCAGGUGGAACCACUGUUCCCUUGGAACAACGUUGUGUUCGCUACAUUGAUAAUUUCAGCUCAGGCCACAGAGGAGCAACAUCCACUGAGUACUUUAUUAAGGCUGGAUAUUCGGUUAUCUUUCUCUAUAGAAGGGGAACCUUCCAACCCUUUUGUUGUUCUCUUCCAGAUGAUCCUUUGUUACAGUGUUUUCAGUUAACUGAUGAUGAAUCACACAUCAAAGUACAGGACUCAUAUUCUGAAGCAGUAAAAAGGGCCAUUGCUGACCAUCAUUCUGCUGUGAAAAAUGGCUUCUUGUUGAAGCUUCCUUUCACAACCAUAUUUGAGUAUCUUCAGAUGUUGAGGAUGAUUGCAAUAUCUUUCAACAAACAUGGACCAAAUGCAAUGUUUUAUCUAGCUGCUGCUGUUUCUGACUUCUAUGUUCCUUGGCAAACCAUGGCAGAACAUAAGAUUGAAUCAGCAUCUGGGCCAUUGAACAUGCAACUUGCUCAAGUGCCAAAGAUGUUACCUGUGUUAAGACAACACUGGGCUCCAAAGGCUUUUCUCAUUUCAUUCAAGUUGGAGACAGAUUCAAAGAUUCUGUUGAAGAAGGCAGCUGCAGCUCUUGAAAAGUACAAGAUGGAUAUGGUGGUAGCGAAUGAGCUGUCAACUCGGAAAGAAGAGGUUGUUGUUGUGACAAGGACUGAAAAUAUUAGAGUUAGGAGAGACAUGAAUUUGGAUGUUGAUGAUGAUGUUGAACAUCCUCUAAUUCAACUUCUUGUUCAAAGGCAUUCAACCCAUAUUAACACCAAUUCUGAUCUAUGUUGAUGAUGAUAUCUUCUAAUUCUAAGCCUCAAAACUUACUAUUUUGAAUUUGUUGAAGAAAUAAUCAAGCAAUAAUAUACUGUCACAUUGUCAUGUGACUGACUUUGUAUGAACUCACCUCUUGUAUGAGAUAAUUUAAUCUUAAUGACAGACUAAAUUAACAGUUGUACGUC